AAACUGAAAAUUAUUGAUGUAGCCAGCCAGGUAAACUUAAACGACCAGGCUGCCACCAAUAGACUGGAAGAAGAUGAACUGGUCUGGAGAUUAGAGGAGAAGAGUUCAGAGUUCACUCUCUUUGACUUUUCUGAGAUAUUACAUGCUACACAUAACUUCUCCAAAGAAAAUCUACUUGGACAAGGUGGUUUUGGCCCUGUCUACAAGGGCCAAUUACCAGAUGGAAUGCAAAUUGCAGUCAAAAGGCUUGCCUCACAUUCAGGACAGGGUUUUACAGAAUUCAAAAAUGAAGUUGAACUUAUUGCAAAAUUACAGCACAAUAAUCUUGUCAAGCUCUUGGGAUGCUGCAUUCAGGGAGAGGAAAAACUAUUGGUGUACGAGUAUUUGCCAAAUAAGAGCUUGGACUUCUUUAUAUUUGAAAGAAACAGGACAGCUUUUAUUGAUUGGAACAAUAGACGUGCGAUAAUCGAAGGGAUAGCCCAAGGUCUUCUGUAUCUCCACAAGCACUCUCGGUUACGCAUCAUACACAGAGACCUUAAGGCCAGUAACAUUCUUUUGGACAAGGACAUGAAUCCAAAAUUUUCUGAUUUUGGCCUAGCAAAAAUAUUCAGCUCCAAUGAUAUCCAAGGAAGCACAAAGAGGGUAGUAGGAACAUAUGGUUAUAUGUCUCCGGAGUAUGCAUCUGAAGGCAUUUACUCAAUCAAAUCAGAUGUGUUCAUCUUUGGUGUGUUACUCCUUGAGAUCCUUAGCGGAAAAAGGAAUUCUGGUUUCUAUCAGUAUGGAGACUUUCUUAACCUUAUUGGAUAU